AUGCCAGUGCUCACCUCCCCCUCUCAAUCCAUCAAAGAAAUUGUCUUUGAUGAGAAGAUGAUGAUUCCUCCAGUCGAAUACCCCCUAACAUGGACAAAUAACCGCCGAACUGCCGAUACCAAAGCAACUGCGUCAUCGAUCAUGGCUUCUCUACCCAUUGUGGAGGCUACCGAGCUUAUGGAGCUAUACAGCGAGAAUGUUGUCGCGAAAAUUUGGAGAGUUGCAGAUUCAUUUAUCAGUAAACAUCCAUCUUUCGAUGCGUACCCAGAACAUGUUCCCGAAUCAGGUCCUAGUGCAGGAACAUACGAGACAAAGCCAGCCAAAUUUUGGACCUGCGGUUUUUUCCCAUCGAGUCUAUACUGUGUGCUUGAGCGAUACACCAAAUUCCCCAAUCGCACCCCAUUUUCCGCCUUGCCAUCAGAAAAUAUAAUCCCACCGGAUUCGUCCUACCACGCCCAGCUCUUGGCCCUCUGCCGCGCCUGGUCUACACCACUACGUGCUCAGGCAUCGCGAACCGAUACUCAUGACUUGGGAUUCAUGAUGCAUCCCCUGCGCAUGGACUGGGAGCUCACUGGUGACUCUUCCAGCCUGAAAGCCUACAUCACAGCCGCCAACAGCUUGGCAAGCCGGUUCGACGAGCGAGUCGGGGCGAUCCGUAGCUGGGACCAGAUGAAGAGGCUCAAUUUCGAGGUCCAUGACAAAGAAAACAAUUUUCUGAUUAUUGUGGACAACAUGGAUCUGCUCUUCUACUCCGCUCACCACAGCCACAAUCAGCAACUGGCUGUCAUCGCUAAACAGCAUGCCCGAACAGUCAUGAAAACGCUCAUUCGCCCGGAUGAUUCCACUUGGCACGUAGCCAACCUCGACCAGCACGCACCCCAGAAAUGCACUGUCAAGUAUCGCAUGACCCACCAAGGACUUGCCGACGACUCGACCUGGUCUCGCGGUCAGGCCUGGGUAGUGCUCGGGUUCGCGCAGACCUACAUGUGGACAGGCGACUUUGAGUUCCUCGCCGCCUGUUUGCGCCUGACGGAAUAUUUCCUCGCGCGACUGAAAGACUCCCCUGCCCAGAAGUGUCCUUGGGUACCCCUGUGGGACUUUUCUGACAGAAGUGGGGAGGUAGAUUCAACUGGGGACAGGCUGCGGGACGCGUCGGCAGGCAUGAUUGCCGCCAACGGAAUGCUGCUCCUGCACCAGGCGCUGCUGGUGCGGAGAAAUGGUGCAGAUAACGUAAGAUAUGACGGGAGGAGAUACCUCGAUGCGGCACUCAAUAUUGCGAGCGAUACUAUUCAGUAUGCGGUGGACAAGGGGGAUAAUGCGCGGCUGGAGGUUGAUGAGAAUGGAAAGGUGAAGGUUCCAGCGGGCAGCUGGGACGCGAUAUUGAGGCAUUCGACGGCCAAUAACAACCCCGAUGCGCUGGUGAGGUAUAAGGACCAUGGGCUGGUCUAUGCGGACUACUACUUCCUUGAGUUUGGGAACAAAUUGCUGCGCAUGGGGCUUAUAUGA